AUGGCUUCAUGGAAUCAAGUUAGCAAUGUAGUAUCUGCAGUAACAUCGCACCAUUUUGAAAUGAUAAUAAUAGAGUGGUUACCCCUGACUUUGCAGAUUUCUGGGAUUAUGAUCUACCUAGUGACUUGGAAUGUUCAUGGAUCGAGUCCGCCGUCACACCUGGACUACCUGUUGUCUCUGCAUGAGACCCAGUUGCCGGAUGUUUACGCUAUUGG